AUGGAAUCGGAGCCACUGGAGCAUUACCGAGUCACAUCCGACCAAGCCAGAUCCAAGGCUGUAAUCUCUGAAGCCAGAUGCAGGAUUGAUCAUUGGGCUCGUCAGCAUUCGAGACUACAGGCUGAUGGCCCAUGGGCGCCUGUUCCCCACUCCACGCUAUGUUGCCUACUGUCUACACUUUACAUACUUUCUUCGGAUGCUGCGGACGACGUGACAGUGCCAAACGGGCCGUCGGGCGAUGUUGAUCGGGGUGGAGCCUUCAGACUUGUAUUGUAUAUGGAUUGGCAAGGGCGGGCCAGCGUUCAAGCGGUCUGGGUCGGUGGCCUGCCACUCCCAUCAUGCCCAGGCCAGGUCUCGAGAAGACGGGGGCCCAGCGCUGCAGGAACAGAGUCAGCAGCUUCCAUCCACGCAUUGCCCGCUGCCCGCAAAGCGCGUCUGCGUCUGUCACUGCUGUAUUGCUUGUCCUGCUCCAUCUACAAGCCUGCCUGUUCUGUGCCCACCACUACCACUACCACCGCUACCACCACCAUCACUACCAUCACCACCAUCACCACCAUUGCCACCACCCUCCAUCCGCCCCUCGACUCACUGCCGUGCUGGCCAUCGCCCUCACCUGCGCCCAGUGCCCCUGCCCUCUGCCAUCACGCCAACGUUGAUCGCGCCUUCCACUCGUUUUCAUUUCACGCUCUGCCGCCCGUCCUCGACGCCCGCCCCCGUUCGCGCAUCAUGGACUUCCAAUCGCCGCAGAAUGGCAUGUACGACCCGUCCAGCUUCAUCGACCCCAGCGCCAUCGCGACGCCCCAGAUGAACGGCACGCGCGCCUAUCCCAUGUCGUCGAUACCGCAGAAGCGGGAUUCGACGGGCGCCGCCAUGUCUCUGUCGCGCUCGCAGACGCCGUCGCAACAGCCGCAGUUUGGCUUCCCCCAGCAGCAGCCCUUUACCCACACUCCAUCGCCCACCAUGUCGAAUCAGAACUUUGCGCCCGGCCAGCUGGCCGCCCAACACAGAAUGCAGACGGCCUCCCCUGCGCAGAAUCCCCAUGCGCCACAAAUGUCCCCCAUGGCCUUUCAAGGCUCAUCGAUGAACCAAGGCUUCAACCCUAGCGCCAACGGCAGCGGCCAGUUCCCCGUCCAGUCCGUUCAACUUUCCCAGAAUCUCCAGAGCCGGCAGCAAGAGGCGCAAAGACAGUACGCGAUGCGACUACAAGCCCAGGCGGCGCAACAACAGCAACUUGGAAAUCUCGCCGCAAGCAAUAUGGCAGCGCAACGGCAACAUCAGUCUGGUCAGAUGCCACCUUCGAUGCAGCAGCCAGGCAUGCAACCGGGCAUGCAGCCUGGUAUGCAGGGUAUGCAGCCAAAUAUGAUGCAUGCGCAACAACAGCAGCAACAACAACAACAGCACCAGCACCAGCCGCAUCUGCAGCACCAGCAACAACAGCAACAGCAACAGCAAAACCCCCAGGCGCAAUUGCAGUACUUCUUAAAGAACGUCGGUUCGCUGUAUAGUCAGCACGGUCGUCCAUUCAAUCAUCAACCACAAUGCGCCGGACGCCCUAUCAAUCUCCAACAGCUCUACACUAUCGUCAUGCGGUUCAAGGGCUCUCGAUAUGUAACCCAAUCGCAAGGUUGGCCACAAGUUGCGCAAAUGAUGCAGCUGCCACUACACCAAUUUCCAAACGCUCCAGAGGAGCUGCGGAAAAUCUAUGACGACAACCUAGGCCUUUAUGAAGCCGCCUUCUUCCAAAAACAGCAACUAAAGGGCAUGCCUCCACAGGGACAAAUGGGCACAAUGGGCCAACACAUGUCUCCCGCAAGACCGACCAUGCCCGGCCAACAGCCCAACCCGCAACAGACCUACAUACAGCAGCUACAAAGGUCGCAAGAGGCGAUGAAACAGCAGCAACAGCAGCAACAGCAAAAACAGCAGCAGCAGCAGCAGCAACAACAACAACAGCAGCAGCAGCAACAGCAACAGCAACAGCAACAGCAACAAAGACAGUCGGUGCCGCCGGUGCCACAGCCACAGCCACAGCCACCGUUCGGUGCAGCGACACAACCCCAGCAAUCCACGCCUUUACAGAGCAAUGCUGUCCUCCCGAACGUAAAUGGCACAACGCCGCAACCAGAUGGAAAUAUGCGCAAGAGCAUGGGAAGGCAGUUGGAAGCAACACCUACUCAACCAGAACCGAGCCAGGCACAGCCUUUGCAGCUGAAGCAAGAAGAGAACGCGGGUGUGGCGGAGACUGCCCUCGUAGCCAUGGAUGGACCGGAGAGGCGGAAGCCGGUAAUCGAACAGGAUGACGGGACCAGGGUCUAUCAACCAGCAUAUCGAACGCAGGACACCUGGGGUGGCUUGGACUUUGACUCGGACAACUUCAAAAACAUGAUUGACAACAUCACAAACUACAAGCCCAACGUGCCUUUGUUACACGAGAUGGGCAUCAUCGAUAUACGAGCGCUGACUAUGAGUCUGCGGUCCGGCCUUCACGCAGAGACGCGGCUGGCUCUGGACACCCUGACGAAGAUCACCUACGACAAUACUGUACAGUUCAACUUGGCACAUUGCGAAGACUUGACGGAAGUCUUGGUUGAAUUUGCAGAGGACCAAUUGGAAAUACUAGGCAACGACAACCCAGAGGUUACCGAUAUCCUGGAUCUCACACCAUAUGAAGAUGUGCUGCAUCAUUGCCGAGAAGAGGCUGCGACUCUGCAAGAGCUAUCAGAAGCUGGUUCAAAGGCUUACAUGCUGGAUCGAACAGCUGACCGACUCCUUGCCGUCACGACCAUCUUCCGAAAUCUAUCCUUCCUCGAAGUCAACCAUGACUCGCUCGUCAGCCCUCCUGUGCUCAAAUUCCUCGCCAAUUUCAUUCGACUCGUCGGCACCCGAGUGCUGUUGUUACGGUCACAUAUCAACACGUUUGAUUUCAUGAAAGAUGUAAUCACCUUCUUCUCAAACGUGAGCGCCAAGGUGGUCCUACCAUCCCGCGAAGAUGCUUACGCCGUGCUACACUUUCUCUGUGCCUUUGUGCCUGUGCCCCGUCCAGGCGAACCCGUCAAAUUCACACCAUUCAACCCGCAAAUACAUCGUUACCUGCCAUCUGCCGUGGAUAGUCUGGCAAAACUACUUGCACGCGAUGAUCCCAACCGAACCUACUACAAACAAAUCUUCAUCAACGAAGCAAGCUCCAUACCCGCCUACGACCUAUUAACACGAUCCUUUGCCCUGGCCAUCUCCGUCGUUCCAGAUCGCAACUACAUUGAGAACAGAAUGUUCCAGCUCAAGGAACCGCGCCCCAAGGAAGUACGCAUGUUUGAAGCGCGCAUCGCCGAGUCACGGAAAGCCUACCUCAUGCAGGGCAUGCUCGCGGCCGACAUCCUCGCCAGCCUGGCCCCUGGACCCGAAAGCGGUAUCUGUCGGUCCUGGCUCGAAUCCGAAGACGGAUGGGCACACAGCCUGCUCAAAUUCGCAAUGUCACUCUCGGCCACGGACGCCACGCAAAUGCCACACCCACCACCCCCACCCAACCACCGCGGCCAAAGACCAAUGGACCACGACCGCGAAGGCUUCCAGCUCAUUGUGCACCGCGCGCUCUCGACGCUCAAACGGCUGGGCGACAAGUCCAAGGGCGGUGAGCCGCUGGUCAAGGGUGGACAUGUAAACGGGCACGCGCACCAUGGCUACGACGAGGACGAGGACGAGGACGAGGACGAGGACAUGGAUAUCAUAGACGUCAAUGGCAGCUCUUGGAAGGUCAAGGCGGAUAUUUUGCCGCGCAAGGAAACUCUGCUAGGCGCGCUCUUGACCGCCCAGCUGGACGUGAGGAGUUUGAAUCAGUUUUGUAAAAUCGGAUAUUUGGAUGAGUAG